AAGCAAAAAAGCAAACAUAAACACACACAUAGAGUGAGGGAACAACAAGGGUUUGUUUCAACUUUCAACAUGAAUAAUCACUAUUUACAAGUUGGUGAUGAUGAUGAUGAUGAUGAUGUUCCACUUCCUGGAUUCAGAUUCCAUCCUACUGAUCAAGAACUUGUUACCUUUUAUCUUCAAAGAAAACUUGAUAAGAAACCUAUUUCCAUUGAUCUCAUCAAACAAAUUGAUAUCUACAAAUAUGAUCCUUGGGAUCUUCCAAAAUCUAGUGUACAUGGAGCAGAAAAAGAAGGUUACUUUUUCUGCAAGAGAGGGAGAAAAUAUAAGAACAGCAUUAGGCCAAAUAGAGUAACUGGUUCCGGAUUCUGGAAAGCAACAGGAAUAGAUAAAGCAAUAUACUCAAAUGGAGGAGAAGGAAAUGAUUGCGUUGGACUCAAAAAAACACUUGUUUACUAUCGUGGUAGCGCUGGCAAAGGCGCGAAAACUGAUUGGAUGAUGCACGAGUUUCGUCUUCCGUCUAGUAUUGCUACCAGCGCAAAUCUUGAUCAUGCUAAGAAUGAUAAUGAUGUUUCUCAUGAAGCAGAAAUUUGGACAUUAUGUAGAAUUUUCAAAAGAAAUGUACCACCGAGGAAACAGCAAAUACCAGAGGUGAAACCAUUAGCGAACAAGCGUGAGAUCGUUCAUGAAAAGAGUAGUAGAAUGAACGAUAUGGAGUUCGGCGCAAAUCAACAAACAUACAUAAAUUUCGGUGCAAGCCACGAGCAUCGGCGUGUUAAUGAAAAUCAACACAUGGAUAACUAUGGAAGAAUUGAUCAAAUGAAUGAGUUUCAUGUAGAUCAGAUGAGUUCUUCAGUGGCACAUCAACCUCAACAACAUAAUGUAGCACAGUCUUCAAAUUAUUGGAUUAAUCAGGCUGCUAAUGAGUUAUUAUCAUUUGAUAAUUGGGAUGAGCUUGGAUCAGUUGUGAAGUUUUCGGUUGAUUCGCCUAGUUUGUAAUAGUAAUUGACAUUUAGUUUUAUACUUGGGCAUGUUUAAUUUAGGUUAUAGAUUUUGAAAUACUAUGAUAUAUAGUACGCUUGUAUUUUAGGGCUAUAAUAUUAAUACUGAUAUUGUUUGUAACAUAUGUAAAGUAACUCUUAGUAAAGGCAGUUGUAAUACUUAUUGACUUGAUCAUGCUAA